AUCCUGGGUACAUUGAUGAGACUCUGGAGACAGCGAAGAUAGAAAUCUGGGACGAAAAACCUCAGCAGGUAGAUUUGAUUUUAGACACACAAACAUCACAAAUAAAUAAUUUAAAACUCAACAAUUUACAAAUAGUAGAAGCACAAAGCAUAAACACAGAAGAUUCAUGGUUAACAGAAAGGGAAGAAAGGAAAAAUAAAUCACAGAAGUCUAAAAAACAAGCUGAAGAAGGACUGGAACAGAGGGUGGAAUAUUCCCCUGGUAUUGUUUGGACUGAGCAGAACCCUGCACUGAUGCAUCACAGUGAAAGCAGUAAAGAUCAAAACGUUGACAGGACUCCACAAAGAACAGGUAGAUUUGAUGACAGUAUUGAUGCAGACAAAAAAACCAACAACACAAUCAAUGAUAUCAGCUCUGCUGGAAGUCAUGAGGAUCUCCAAGUAAGAUGUGAACACAGUGAAGCAGAUCCAGUAGGUAAAUCUGUGAUGUUGGCUCAUAAAGUAAGAAAUGAAAAUGAUCCAUUAAGUAUUAACGCAGAUGAUUUAGCAGAGCGAUUAAUUUCUACCAAGGCUCCAAUGUAUGAUGAUCAGAAAAACAUAAAGCCAGCCAAGAGAGGACUGGAAGAGCAUGAUGAGCAGGAAGGAGCAGAGAGACAGGAGGAGAAAACCCUGUUUUUAAUGGACAGACUAUUUCUGGGAGCUCCGCUUAUGAAAGGAAUCACUGAGGAUCUCCAGCUCUCUCCUGAGAGAAGUACGUUGCCAGGCCUUGGAGAUGUAACCGAUCUUCAUGAGGACGAUUUUACCGUCAGAAUUCAGCCGCCUGGAACAGACAGUUUUGAGCUUCAGGUGUCAGGACAGAUGAUGGUAUCUGAGCUCCACCAGGUGCUUAUGGAUCAUGAGAUCACCUGCCACCGUACCUGCUUCUCCCUGCAGAUAGGACAAACGGUCCUCGACAGCCUGACCAAGCUCGGCUCCAUCGAGGGCAUUCGGGAGGGUGUAUUGAUCAGGGUGGUGGAGGAUCCCUACUCAGUGCGUGACGCUCGUGUUCAUCUCAGACACAUUCGCAGCUUGCUGAGAAGCCUCGACCCUGCAGAUGCAUACAACGGUGUGAACGGGCGCUCUCUAUCCUACCUGUCCUUAUACACCAAGGCAGAGCAAAAUGGUGAAAAUGAGAAAAAGAUGCAUGUUUCUGAGAAGGGUUCCAUAGACUGUAGCCCUCCAGCUUACAUCAUGCCUGGAUGUCAGGAGAGACUUUUAACUCCAUUGCAGCCCAUCAGAGAUGACUGGAAGCCUUUGCAGUGCCUGCGAGUCCUGACUACAAGCAGCUGGAACCCUCCCCCAGGAAACAGGAAAAUGCACGGAGACCUGAUGUAUGUCAGCGUCUUAACUUUAGAAGACCGAGAGCUCAGCAUCACUUGCUCCACGCGGGGUUUCUAUCUCAACCAGUCUACUGCUUUUAACUUCAAUCCUAAACCUGCUGCUCCUAAAAUCAUCUGCCACUCUCUGAUUGAGCUUCUGAAACAACUCAGUCCAGCAUUCAAGAAAAACUUCACAGCCCUGCAGAAGAGGAGAGUUUAUCAGCACCCCUAUGAGCUUAUUCCAGCUCCGUUCCAGGUCUAUACCUGGGCAGCACCUCUUGGAGAUCACACCCUGGACUGCAUCAGCUCAGAGGAAACAUACACCAGUGUUAUGGGGUUGGAUGAGCAGACAGCUGGACAGACUCGAGACUGGAAUGAGGAGCUGCAGAGAUCCAGGGAGCUUCCUAGAGCUUCCCUACAGGAGCGACUGCACAGAGAAAGGUGCAUCUUCAAGAUCAACAGUGAUUUUGUUGCAGCUGCAGCUCAAGGUGCGGUGUCCAUCAUGGAGGGCAACGUUAUGCCGUUAAACCCGGGGGAGCAGUCUCAUUUCCAGAUAUUCGUGUGGAAUAACCUCUUCUUCAGCCAGGCAUUUGACAUGUCAGAGCACUACAAGCCAAUAGGCGGCGAUGCUGCUGCUCAUGCUGCUGCUAUGCACGACCUGAGAGGAGUUCAGGCAUAUUCAACUGCUGACAUUGAAGGUCUUCACACUCUUGGGACGGCUGUGAUCGACUAUCAUGGUGUCCGUGUCGUUGCUCAGACCAUCAUUCCCGGAUUAUUGGAAAAAAACCAUGAGCAGAUAGUUUACGGCUCUAAUGACAAUGGGAAAACAGUCUAUACCCACCCACGGUUUUUAGAGCUUCUGGACAAGAGCCUUACCUCGCUCAGAAUCCAGCGUCACCAGGUCCUUGACCACAACAACAGCCCAGUGGAGCUCUGCUCAGCCGUCUCCACAGUUGGCAUAUUUGGAAAUGAUGGGCGGCCCUACAUUUUGGACCUUCUGCGGACUUUCCCCCAAGAUCUGAACUUCCAGUUCAGCUCAGCUGACAAUGAGGAGGAGGUACCCAAAGAGUGUCAGAGCUUUGGUUACCCACAGCUGCAUCCUCACGGCCUGGCCAGCCUCAGACCAGAGCUGAUAGAGGCCUACGUCCAGCACAGAGCCAAAGACCCGCCCCCUCAGAGCACUGAGGUGAGCACUGGAGGACCCAAAACCCCACACGCCCAAAGGGACCCCCAGAGCAAAGGCACCCAGGAGGGGCCAACCCAGGAAAUCCACGCCCCCACCAAGAGAAGAGGAGAGCCAGCCCUGAGGAAGUCCCCCAGCCACCACAAUGCCGAAGGCCCAUGA